CUGACAGGUGGGAAAUAGGCGAAAGGUCUGGACAGACAUCACCAGGUGCUCCCCAGAUCCAGGGCUGUGGAGCAGAUCAGGAGGCCCGGAAGAGGAUGCGAUGGACUAACACGUGCCAAAGGCUCAAUUUCUCACUGCAGGACUGGAAAGUUGCCAUCUAGCCAAUUUUGCAGUCCACCGCCCAUCCCGGUGACGUCACGACCCAGUCAAACUUCUGAUUGGAGGAGCCGCGUACGGUCAAUUCUCGCGAUAAUUCUUCCUUGAGGACCCCGCGUCUCUCUCGGCUCCUACGCGGUAAUCGAUAACAGACCACGCUGUGCGCCAUCGAGACACGGUAGAACUCGACCAGUUUCCGGGACUCGUCCAGACGGCUGUGACUCUUCUUGGAAGCCAACGGGCACGAGGUUUGGCUCCCAGUGAUUGGUAUUCUAUUUAAAAUGGGUGUAAAGAAGAAGAAAGAAAUGCAAGUUGCUGCAUUGACCAUUUGUCCUCAGGACCUUGAAACUUUGAGAUCUUUCACUGAUUUGGAAGGGAAAAAUCUAGCUUCUUUGCUGUUACAUUGCAUACAACUCUCAGAUGGAGUGUCACAAAUUCGUUACGUUAAACAGAUUGUGCCUUUAUUGGAGAAAGUAGAGAAAAAUGGCAUGUGUGAUCCUGCAAUUCAAAGUUGUUUGAGUAUUUUAGCAGGCAUUUAUCUUUCUUUGAGUCUAAAGAAUCCUUUGAAGAAAGUAUUGGCAAGCUCACUAGAUGGCCUACCUGAAUUUUUCCUAGUGGAGGCUACAUGCAGUUUUACUUCUCGUCUUGAGGAAGAAUUGAAUACCACCGAUGUAUACUCUUACAGGAAAGUAAUGGACAACAUAUCUUCUUGUAUGGACAACUUUAACUUGGGUAGAACAAGUGUUAAUAAUCUGCUUAAAAAUGUGCUUCAUUUUCUGCAUAAGAGUUUAACUGAGAUCCUGGAAGAAAAUAGAAAAUUUGCUGGAAAUCAUAUUGUUCAAACGCAGUUGAUGAAUGACUUGUUGGUAGGCAUUAGAGUUUCAAUGUUGUUAGUACAGAAAAUACAAGAUUUCCAGGGAAAUCUUUGGAAGGUAUCCAGUUCUUCCAUAUGGCAAAGUAUGUGUGGAUUACUGAGUAUUUUCACCAAGUUUUUAAGUAAUGAUGACCUAUUACAGACUAUUCAGAGUACAUCUGGACUAGCCGUUAUUCUUUUUAUUAAGACUAUGUUUCAUCCAUCUGAAAAGAUUCCUGGUUUGAUUAGUGGUUUGCUUCUCCAUUCAGUGGACUGUGCCAGCAUCCCAGAGUGGUUUAUGAGCAGCUGUAAGAGCCUUUGUUGUGCUCAAGUCUCUGGGGCAGCUCUCUUAUUCCUAUGUCAGGGGACACUCGCCAUGUUGGACUGGCAGAAUGGGAGCAUGGGCCUGAGUGGGGAGGCCCUGCUCUUGGAUACCGCGCAUGUUCUGUUCACCUUGAGUUUACAGAUUAAGGAAUCAACACUGGAAAUGUUUCUAUCUAGAAUCUUGGCAUCUUGGACUACUUCAGCCAUACAUGUUCUUGAAUCAAGUUCCCCAAGCCUAAAGUGCAAUCUGCAUGGGAAUUCAGUCAUAGUUGGGAGACUUUUGGAAUAUGUCUAUACCCACUGGGAACAUCCAUUGGAUGCUCUAAGACACCAAACCAAAAUCAUAUUCAGAAAUCUUCUCCAGAUGCACCGGCUCACUACAGAAGGGGCAGAUUCACUCACUGAUCCUUUCUUCUUGGGAUUGACUAAGAAUCUUCUGCAACUGGAAUGGCAUAUUAAAGGAAAGUACACAUGCCUUGGGUGUUUGGUAGAGUGCAUAGGAAUUGAACACAUUUUAGCAGUAGAUAAAACUAUUCCAUCUAAAAUCUUAGAUGUGAUGGGGGACCAGUCAUUGGUACCUUAUGCAAGUGAUCUUUUGGAAACCAUGUUUAAAAAUCAUAGAAGUCAUUUGAAAUCCCGAACUGUCGACAGUACUUGGAUUGACCAAUGGCAUGAAACUUGGGUUUCUCCUCUCCUUUUUAUACUCUGUGAAGGAAACUUGGAUCAAAAAUCUUAUGUGAUUGAUUAUUACUUGCCAAAAUUAUUGAAUUGCAACCCUGAAAGCUUAAGAUACAUGGUAAAGAUUCUUCAGACUUCUAUUGAUGCUAAAACUGAGCCUUGUAAUAGCAGAGGGGCUCUGGGAGCUCUGAUGGCGUGCCUACGAAUAGCUAGGGCCCAUGGACAUCUUCAGUCCUCAACUGAUACCUGGGAGAGUCUUGUGUCCAGUGCAAGAAUCAAGCAAGGCUUAAUUCAUCAGCACUGCCAAGUACGGAUAGAUACAUUAGGCUUGCUUUGUGAAAGUAAUCGAAGCACAGAAAUUGUUUCUCCAGAAGAAAUGCAGUGGAUUCAGUUCUUCAUCACAUAUAAUCUUAACAGCCAGUCUCCAGGAGUGCGCCAGCAGAUUUGUUCUCUUCUUAAAAAGUUGUUUUAUAGGAUACAGGAAAGUUCUCAGGUACUUUAUAAGUUGGAGCAAAGUAAAUCAAAACAUGAGCCAGAGAAUGAGUUAACCAAGCAGCACCCUUCUGUUUCUUUACAGCAAUAUAAGAAUUUUAUGUCAUCCAUUUGCAACAGUCUUUUCGAGGCAUUAUUUCCUGGAUCUUCAUAUUCAACUAGAUUUUCAGCUUUAACUAUUUUAGGCUCAAUAGCUGAAGUUUUCCCUGUCACAGAAGGUGGAGUCCAAACAGUGUAUCAGCUGAGUAAUGAUAUUGAUGUUGGUCGUUUCCAAAUAUUACUGGGUUGUUUUACCAGCACUUUUGAAGAAGUAAAGAUUUUAGCAUUUGAUCUUCUGAUGAAGUUAUCGAAAACAGCUGUGCAAUUUCAGGACUCGGAGAAACCGCAGAGCUUAUUCCAGGCAGCGCUGGAGCUUAGCACAAGCACCAAGCCGUAUGACUGUGUCACAGCUUCCUACCUGCUGACCUUCCUAAUCUGGCGGGUUGCUCUGCCAGCAUCCCUGUGUGCCUCCUUACCUCCACAGGUCGCAUGUGGAGGUGGAGGAACAUCUGCGGCUGUGGUAGAAAGGAACACACUGAUGGUUAUCAAAUGCUUGUUGGAAAACCUUGAGGAAGAAAUAUCUCAGGCCAAAAAUUCUCUGCUUCGAGCAGCGGCCUCAUUUCCAAUGUAUGGGCGAGUCCACUGUAUAACAGCAGCUUUGCAGAAAUUACCUCUAAAGUAA